AUGGUCAAGGCUGUCGCAAUCCUCCGUGGAGACAAGAACGUCUCGGGCACCGUCUUCCUCGAGCAGGCCGACGAGUCGUCCCCCACGACCAUCACCUGGGACAUCACCGGCAACUCUCCCAACGCCGAGCGUGGCUUCCACAUCCACACCUUUGGUGACAACACCAACGGCUGCACCUCUGCUGGUCCUCACUUCAACCCUCACAACCAGACUCACGGUGCUCCCUCUGACGAGAAGCGCCACGUCGGUGACCUCGGCAACGUCAAGACUGACGCUGACGGCAACGCCAAGGGCUCCGUGACCGACAAGCUCAUCAAGCUGAUCGGCCCCGAGAGCGUCGUUGGACGCACCGUUGUCAUCCACGAUGGCACUGAUGAUCUCGGUAAGGGAACUCACGCCGACUCUCUGAAGACUGGCAAUGCUGGCGGCCGCCCCGCCUGCGGUGUCAUUGGCAUCGCCAACGUCUAA